AUGAAUCAAGGAGUUUUGUAUCGUUACUCUUCCAACACAGAGUCUGAAGAGGCUCAGUUAGUUGUAUCUUGUCAAGAGCUAGAACGAGUCCUACAACAGUAUCACGAUUCCCCCACUGCAGGACAUUGUGGAGCUGAAGGCAAGUACCAUAAAAUUGCCUCCAGGUAUUACUUUCCUGGUAUGAGAAAGUAUAUCUCAGAAUACGUGAAAAAUUGUGCUGAGUGCAUUCGGUAUAAACCAAAUAACCAGAAACCUGCUGGAUUACUUCGAACACCUGUGUAUGCACAAAGGUUUGAAACACUUGCUAUAGACCUUUUUGGUCCACUUACAGAAACCCCAACUGGAAAAAAAUGGAUUUUUCUUAUUGAAGACACCAGUACAAAAUGGAAAGAGCUCUUCACCUUAGAAGAAGCCACUGCGAAAAAUUGUGCAAAAAUCUUAAUUGAAGAAGUUUUUUUACGUUAUGCGAAUCCUUCCGAAGGAAAGAACAGAGAUCUAAAACUGAAACUAGCUAUACUAGUCGGUGAUGCUCAUGAUACUUGGGAAGAAAAACUGCCCAUGAAUACAGCAAUAUGUGACACUACAGGUCAUACCGCUGCUUAUUUGCAAUUCGGAAGAGAACUUAGGACGACGGAUGGCGUUAAUCACGAUUUAAGAGCACUUAUUGAAAACGACAACUUUGUUGCCGAAAUUACGCCGUAUCUGAAAGAAUUCGCUCGUUUGACACCUCAAAUCAGGGAGCGUGUCGAACAAAAACAAGACAAAAGAAAGGAAUACUUUGAUAAAAGACGUAGACAAACUUACUAUCAGCCUGGUGAUAAUGUAUGGAUAACUAUACAUCCAAUCAAUCCUGCUACUCCUGAUCAAGUGUUAGGUACUUAUCAUACCAAUAUGAUGAGACCAUAUAAACUGCCUCCAUCGAAAGACCUAGGUCCUGCGAGUCCCAUAAAGAAAAGAGGCAGACCUCGCAAAAUUGAACUGUCAAACACGGACUCUUUGCCGGGACGUCGUCAGAGCCCGAGGGGGUUGUCUGUAAUGAACGCUAGCAAACAGCCUCUUAUCAGACUGCAGCGCCACCUUAUCAGACGCUAUUCAAAACACCUACGCUCGAACUAUUUAGUUUGA